UCCAGGUAAUGGUGCCUGGAAGACAAAACACUCUUCUGCUUCAACCUCUACUGUCUGAUACAGAAUACAAAGUUACCAUCACUCCCAUCUAUUCUGAUGGGGAAGGAGUCAGUGUCUCUGCUCCUGGCAAAACUCUACCCUUGUCUGCUCCUAGAAAUUUACGUGUCUCAGAUGAAUGGUACAACAGAUUACGUAUCAGCUGGGAUGCCCCACCAUCACCAACAAUGGGUUACAGAAUUGUCUACAAACCUAUCAACAUUCCUGGUCCUGCAUUGGAGACCUUUGUAGGGGAUGAUAUUAAUACCAUUCUCAUUCUAAAUCUCUUCAGUGGAACGGAGUACAGUGUUAAAGUGUUUGCUUCAUACUCAACAGGCUUCAGUGAUGCCCUAACAGGCAUAGCCAAAACCUUGUACCUCGGUGUCACAAAUUUGGAUUCCUAUCAAGUCCGCAUGACUAGUCUCUGUGCUCAGUGGCAGCUUCACAGACAUGCUACUGCAUACAGGGUAGUUAUAGAAUCACUUGUGGAUGGGAAAAAGCGAGAAGUAAAUCUUGGUGGAGGCAUGCCUAGACAUUGUUUCUUUGAGCUGAUGCCUGGAACUGAAUAUAAAAUCAGUGUUCAUACACAGCUUCAGGAGAUAGAGGGCCCUGCUGUAAGCAUCAUAGAGACAACAUUACCAUUUCCAACUCAACCGCCAACAACACCUUCAACACCACCUCCACCACCUACAAUCCCUCCUGCGAAAGAGGUGUGCAAAGCAGCCAAAGCUGACUUAGCAUUCCUGGUGGAUGGGUCAUGGAGUAUUGGAGAUGACAAUUUCAAUAAAAUAAUUAGCUUUCUCUAUAGCACUGUUGGAGCUUUGGAUAAGAUUGGUCCUGAUGGAACACAGGUGGCAAUAAUUCAAUUCAGUGAUGAUCCCAGGACAGAAUUUAAAUUGAAUGCAUACAAAACAAAGGAGACUCUUCUUGAAGCUAUUCAGCAAAUAGCCUACAAAGGAGGAAAUACAAAAACAGGCAAAGCCAUUAAACAUGCAAGAGAAGUCUUGUUUACUGGAGAGGCAGGCAUGAGAAGGGGCAUUCCAAAGGUUUUGGUUGUCAUUACUGAUGGGCGAUCACAGGAUGAUGUGAACAAAGUCUCCAAAGAAAUGCAACUAGAUGGUUUCAGCUUUUUUGCUAUUGGAGUAGCUGAUGCUGACUACUCAGAGUUAGUUAAUAUUGGCAGCAAGCCCAGUGAAAGACAUGUCUUCUUUGUGGAUGACUUUGAUGCCUUUACAAAGAUUGAAGAUGAGCUGAUCACUUUUGUUUGUGAAACUGCAUCAGCAACCUGCCCAUUGGUAGUUAAGGAUGGCAACAAUUUUGCAGGAUUUAAAAUGAUGGAAAUGUUUGGUUUGGUUGAAAAGGAGUUUUCAGCUCUGGAAGGUGUUUCAAUGGAACCCGGUACAUUUAAUGUUUACCCAUGUUACAGGCUGCACAAGGAUGCCCUGGUAUCUCAGCCUACCAAGUAUUUGCAUCCUGAAGGUCUCCCCUCUGAUUACACCAUUACAUUUCUCUUUCGUAUACUCCCUGACACACCUGAGGAGCCAUUUGCUCUUUGGGAGAUUUUAAAUGAAGGAUAUGAACCACUGGUUGGAGUUAUUUUAGAUAAUGGUGGUAAAACUCUGACUUUCUUUAACUACGACUACAAAGGAGAUUUUCAAACUGUGACUUUUGAAGGUCCUGAAAUAAGGAAGAUAUUUUAUGGGAGUUUUCAUAAGUUGCAUGUUGUUAUCAGCAAGACUACAGCCAAAAUAAUUAUUGACUGCAAGCAAGUGAGCGAGAAGACCAUUAAUGCAGCAGGGAAUAUUAGUUCUGAUGGCAUAGAAGUGCUGGGGAGAAUGGUCAGAUCCAGAGGACCAAGAGACAACUCUGCACCAUUGCAGUUACAGAUGUUUGACAUUGUUUGUGCUACGUCAUGGGCCAAUCGAGACAAAUGCUGUGAGCUUCCUGGCUUGAGAGAUGAGGAAAAUUGCCCUGCCCUUCCUCAUGCUUGUUCCUGUUCAGAAGCUAAUAAGGGUCCCCUUGGACCUCCUGGACCACCGGGUGGUCCAGGUGUCAGAGGUGCCAAAGGUCAUCGUGGCGAUCCAGGUCCAAAGGGACCAGAUGGACCUCGAGGUGAAAUUGGUGUUCCUGGACCGCAAGGACCUCCAGGACCACAAGGACCCAGUGGACUUUCUAUUCAAGGGCUUCCAGGGCCACCAGGUGAAAAGGGAGAGAAGGGAGAUCUUGGUUUUCCUGGCCUGCAGGGUGUCCCAGGAGCAUCAGGUUCACCUGGAAGAGAUGGAACUCAAGGUCAAAGGGGCCUUCCUGGCAAAGAUGGACCCACAGGCCCACAAGGACCUCCUGGCCCAAUGGGCAUACCUGGUGCACCAGGUGUUCCAGGUGUGACUGGAAGCCAGGGGCCACAAGGUGAUGUUGGAGCUCCUGGUCCUCCUGGAGCAAAGGGUGAAAGGGGUGAGCGGGGUGAUCUCCAGUCCCAAGCAAUGGUGCGUGCUGUUGCUCGUCAAGUGUGUGAACAACUCAUCCAGGGUCAUAUGGCAAGAUAUAACUCAAUUCUGAACCAGAUUCCAAGUCAGUCUGUCUCAACACGAACCAUCGCAGGACCUCCUGGUGAGCCAGGUCGACCAGGGGCUCCAGGGCCACAGGGUGAGCAAGGAUCACCAGGCAUGCAAGGGUUUCCAGGAAGCCCUGGUCAACCAGGAAGACCAGGAGAAAGAGGUUUACCAGGCGAGAAAGGAGAAAAAGGCAAUCCAGGUGUUGGAACACAAGGACCCCGAGGCCCACCAGGAUCUACAGGACCUCCAGGAGAAAGUCGAACUGGCAGCCCGGGACCACCAGGAUCUCCAGGCCCACGAGGUCCUGCGGGUCACACAGGGCCCCCAGGCUCACAGGGUCCUUCUGGCCCACCGGGGUACUGCGAUCCAUCCUCCUGCGCUGGUUAUGGCAUGGGAGGUGGAUACGGUGAGCCAACUGAUCAAGACAUCCCAGUAGUGCAGUUGCCACAUAACUCCUACCAAAUCUAUGACCCUGAGGACCUUUAUGAUGGUGAGCAACAGCCGUACGUAGUUCACGGGUCCUACCCCUUACCAUCCCCAUACUCCCAGUCCUCCUAUCCAUCACCUCAUCUUGCUCAACCAGAGUUUACUCCUGUUCGAGAAGAGAUGGAAGCCGUUGAACUGAGAUCCCCAGGAAUUAGUCGCUUCAGAAGGAAGAUAGCCAAAAGGAGCGUCAAGACUCCAGUACGCAAAAGGGCGAAUGGAAAAAACCCCUCUCAAUGAACUCUUUAAAAAAGGAAACAUUUUGUGUGCAUCUGGGUUUGGCCUUUUCUCCAGGUGCCUAACCUGUCAUGGAAGAUGUUUACAGGCUCUUAUAUUAAAGGAAAAAAGUACAUGACCAGUUGACACAACAAAUAAUGGUAAUUAUCUUGCAUGCCAGAAACUUAGUAUGUUAGUGGAUUGGUGCUAGAUGAUGAUGAAAGGUCACUUGUAGAUCUUUCACUGGAGUACUCUUCCAUAUGCUAUUCAAACAGCAUCUAAAAAACCGCAUCCGGCUAGUUCGUGUACGUGGAACCACUCUGAAAAGUUAGUGUUUUGUUAUCCAGGUUUUUCCAGUUGAUUAUGUUCUGUUAGUUUUGGAUGAAUUGCUUUACUAGCAGAGUAACCUGACUAAAUUCACCAGAGAACAAUGCAUAAUCAGGUUUCCUUCAACCCAGCUUAUUACCCUUUUGCAAAGAAGUCUUAUGUUAAUGGAAUUUUUUUUUAACCCACAUUAUAUUAAUACACAAGAAUUUUCCAUGGGAACACACUGAUAAUUUAUUGUGAACCUCUUUCACUUCUGUUUUAUACACAAAUAAAAGUGGCAAGCUUUU